UAGAACUAAUAAUCGGUAUUUUUAGGUUAAGUUACUGUUUGGCUGUCUGCAUCGGCUAGUUGGUGGGUAGAAAGUAGCUCAUAUGUGCCGGAUCGUGCAGAGUGCAGACAAGUGUUCAUGAUUUAAUGUAGCUAUUAUUAUUGUAUUUUAUUCUGUAUAAUGAUGAUCCGGUAUGUACCCUGGAAAGGAUGGCGUGUUUUGUUCAGGAUCAGUAAUCCAAUGCAACCUUCAAGUUCUUCUGCUCCAGCCACUGUUGGUCUCCGUCUUACUCCAUGCUCAGAAUCUACAACUAAGGUAGUUGGAACUUCAGUUGAUGUAUCAUCGACAGUUGUCUCGGCACCAGAGGAUCAGACACAUGACACCAGUACAUCAGAAUCCAAAUCAGUGCAUGUAGUAAACGAGAGAAAAAGUAGUAUAGUAGCUGCAGCAUUUGCUUCUUUAAAAAGAGUCGAAGUACCCAAGAAAUCAACCCAGUCGCUACAUGAAAGUAUUUCUGCAGCAGAUUCAGUGGAAUCAUUGCUGUCUAUAGCGGAGUCACCACUGGUGUCACGCAGACAUGCCUUACAAAUUGUUUCUCAGCUUGCUGAUUGGACUGCUAGUGGGCAUGUCAAGCUGUCAGACUUUGAAACAGAUACUCGAUUUCUUAAGUUGUGUCGAUUAUUGGGUCGUGGAUUACCUCAUGGUUCACCGACGUUGUGGAAGGAAGCAUCAGGGAAUGGAGAUCUGGCCGUUGUGCUUGGAGUCACAGGAGAAGACAAAGCUGCCAAGCUUGUGGCAGGCAUCUCUCUGAGUCAGAUGAUUAGGAUAAUGUCAUCAUUGGCACAGAAGCAGCGUCGCUCAACACCAUUGCUGCGUUCAUUGGCGUUCAACUUGGCAAGACAGAGAGAGAAAUUUAAUAUAAAGGACUGUGCUGACUUGUUGUAUGCUAUGGCAACACUAAACUUCCCAGAUGACUUGUUGCUAGAGAAGACUUGUGGAGAUCUCUGUGAGUGUGUAGAAUCCAAUCACAGGCCAGCUGUCAUUGGUUCUAUCCUGACAAGUCUUGGUCUUCUAAGAUAUAAAAACACAGAGGUCCUGGAUGCAUUGGUAGACUGGGUGGUGUGCCAUGUAGAUGUUUGCAGACCACAUGAUUUGACAGCCUUGCUCCUGACACUGGCCACUGUAUUCCACACACCAAGCAAUGCUGAUCAUCUCUUUAAUGUGAUAUUGCCUCAUGUGACAGUGCAAGAUCUGCCAAGUCCAUCGGCAUGGCUGGAUGUGGUGUGGUCCCUCGUUGUGCUCGAGCAGGCCGCUACGCAGCACGUAGCCUCUGUACUUGAUCCUAACUUCUGCAUCAAACUGAGUGUUGAUACAGAUGGAAAAAUGAGGAUGAAUGUGGCAUCAAAAUUGAAGCUUCUAAAUAUAAAUGCAGCUGCACAGUUAAAAAUCCCAGGAUACAAAGGUCCAUUGCUGCCAUCUGAUUCAGAUGUCCACAGCGUCCCGCUUACUCGAUCAAGAGAGAAGCAGCUUCUUGUUGCCUCCAUCUUGGAUUCGUUCUCAAACCUUCUCCCUUCAGCAACAUAUCUUCGCAGCAAUAUAGAUACUGGAAUGGGAUUCCUCCUAGAUGGUGAAUGUAUGUUGGAUUCCAACUGUAACCCAUUGCCUGUUCCUGUUGAAUCGACGAUGUCUCGCAAUUUUGGUAGUGAAAAAAUGCCAGCUUCUUCCUUUGAUAAGACGCCUGUAAGUCCAUCCAGGGUGCGAGGAAGUCGCUGUGCUACGAACAAGGGAACCAGGAUCGGCAUUCUGGCGCGGGACUAUCGGGACAUGUGCCGCGGCAGCCCGGAGCCUAAUGGCGUGGCAGCGCUGAGCGCGAAGCUGCUCGAAUGCGCCGGUUACAGAGUGUUGUGCGUCCCUCACACGAAGUACAAUCCUCGAGAGAAGUUGCUGCAGAGGGUGCAGUAUCUAGAUCAACAUUUGAAAUCGCUAGUCAGAGGUCCGUAGGUGCUGCUGACACGAUAGUUUAUGCACAGUGAUAAUUAGAAGUUACCGACACGUCGUCAACACACGGCUGAUUUUAAUAGAGCGUGAGUUCUAUCCUGCUCUGUGCGUUUGUGCGCUGUUCUGCGUUGAGACGUGAUCUCACGAGGUAAGAUUCUGCUUUAAGCAAAUGUGCUUGCGAGGUAACUGGUAAGAGCGUGUGUGAGUGUGUGUGAUGUUUAUGAGUCCAUUGUAAAUAACUGAGAAAAACGACGCUCGGAAAAUAACGAAUGAUGUGAAUCGUGUUACAAGAAUUUGUUCUCAUAUUUUGGAUGUGCCAGUGAUUUCCAGAUGAUCAUCUUGGGGUUCUGUGAGGGAUCCCAGUCGUACAUGGAUGCUUUCUUCUUCUUCUUCUUCUUCUAACUACUGAUUUAAAGCGAUUGCCAGUUUAUGAGUCACUGCAAUUGCUGAGGACGAGAAAAUUGUUUAAACUGUGCGUGAAAGUAAGAAAUCCUGAUGAUCCCAAGUGGAAAGUCUGCCUUACUGGCGCAAAUGAUGAUUUAAGCCGAGCGCUGCCAAACUAGAGGCACUAGACUUACGCAAAACAUGUAACAGCUGUGUGUUGAAGACGUGCACUAAGGGUGCAUUAGAGCACUGCUUUUGUAUGUAAAUGUCUCUUGCAGAUACAAGUAAUACAGUUUGAAGUAAUUAAUCUU